AUGUCAAAAUCCGAGUCCAUUGCAAUAGUCGGUGGAGGCGCUUGGGGUCUUUCUACUGCUCUGCAUCUCCACCGGACUGGUUACACCAACAUCACUGUCUUCGAGACUGCUGAUUCAAUUCCGUCUCGCUACUCUGCGGCCUACGACAUCAACAAGAUCGUCCGUGCAGAAUAUGAAGAAAGCUUCUAUACAGAUCUUGCCCUUGUGAGUUUGAUUGAGAAAUCGCUGAAGAGAGCAGAUCAAUUGACCUCCUCUCAGCAAGCAAUUGAAGCCUGGAAAGAUCCUUUGUUUGGUCCGUACUAUCAUGAAACUGGAUACAUCGUAGCGACUUCAGGAUCUGCUCUUGCGAAAGCAAAUAAGAGUCUCGAAACAGCGCUUGCAUCUGUGUCCAAGCAUCCAGUCUUUGCUCCCGGCAUACAAGCGUUAGACAACGGCGACGAGUUCAAGAAGUAUGCUUGGCAGAUCACAGGGCCGCUCAAGGGUUUCACAGGAUACUUCAAUCGUCUGGCUGGAUACGCCCACUCUGCGAACGCUCUCAAGGGUAUCUUCCUGCACUGCGCAACCCUGGGUAUCAAGUUCGUCCUCGGUCGAUCAGCUGGUACCGUCACGGAGCUUGUGUACGAUGGUCAAGGCAACGACCGAAAAUGCACUGGCGUACGCACAGCAGACGGCAUCACACAUUCUGCAGCGAAAACCAUAGUGGCUUCUGGAGCUUGGGGAGCCUCGUUGGUUCCAGAGAUGGGCCGCUUCGUCACUGCGCGCAGUUGGUCCGUCGCUCACGUCCAACUCACCGAGCAAGAGUGUGACUAUUUGCGUGGUCUUCCUGUUAUCAACGUCCGCGACCUCGGUUUCUUCUUCGAACCAGAUCCUGCCACCAGGUUGUUCAAGCUAUGUCCUCUUGGUGCUGGUUUCAGCAAUACGAAUAACGAGGGCACUUCGCUACCACCGAUGGAUAGAAUACCACCACCGCAAGACUUUAUACCUGCUGACGAUGAGAUCAAGCUGCGUACAUUGUUGGCAGAGACGUUUCCAUGGAUGGCAGAUCGAUCCUUUGUAGAUAAAAAGUUGUGCUGGUUCGCUGAUACCAGCGAUUCUGAGUAUUGUAUCGAUUUUCUGCCAGAUACGAACAACUCUGUCGUUGUGUUGUCCGGCGAUUCGGGUCAUGGGUUUAAGAUGAUGCCAAUCUUUGGUAAGUGGGUAGUGGAGUUACUGGAGAACGGAAGGCAGAACAUAGAUAGAUGGCGUUGGAAGACUAAGGAUGAAAGAGGCCAGGAUUGGGGUGACGGCGUAAGUUGGCGAAUUGGAAAGUCGAGGGAGCUAAGUGAGCUGAUUGAUGAAGCCAGGAGAGGAGGUCUUCAGGCGCGUUUGUAG